AUGGAGGUGGAAGGCAAAACCUGGUGCGACAGGAAGCUGCUCAAAUUCGAAGGCAUCUGCAGAGGACGCAGUCAUUCUAUUCACCACCACUUGGUGAAAAACGAUGUAGUGGCCGCCCUCGAUCAGCUGAAAAAAGGAACCUCCCCCUUCGUCAGAGAUGAGUGUAACAGGACGGCCCUCGAUUUUGCCAUCGUAUUAUUUAUGGGCAAGUUUAAGGAGUCCCUAUGUACCUCCCUCAUUGCAGACUGUGUGCAAUUAAAUGGAGGCGCCUCUAGGAAUUCCUCUUUUUCCUACACCGAUAGGGUAGGAGUUACCCUUAGGGGAAAGACCCCCCUUGACCGCUUAACAGACCCACUGAGGGUGGCAAACGAGACAAGCGCAACGGAGGAGUCGUCCCACUCGUUGUCACCCCUCCGGUUGGCCAGAAGAAAAGCGCGGUGGGCCAUUCCAAACAUGUCCCACUGCUAUCAGCUUGGCAACAAACUAGGGGUGCACAAGAAAGAUGUGACUUCCCCACCCAAAGAAUUAACCACCAGGGGGGGAACCAAAAAAACGCAAGCAUUGCUGGAUGGACGAUUACGCAGAAUGAAAGCCCUGCUGCUUUUCAUAAAAACCUUGAGCAUGAACAUCCGACUGAGAAAAUAUGCAGAGAGGGUUGCACAGGAAGAGAUUGCCAAGUUGUCCUUCCCCUUUCUGUACACAAAUACCAUGCACAUACUUUUUAAGCGUUUUUCGCCUGAACAUGGUCAGGUAAAAAAGUGGAACCUGAAAAACCCAGCUGACGCAAGAAAGUUAGUUUCAAAAAUAUUGUGCGGCAAUUUGUUCGGAAGUGAAGUAAUUCAAUUUAUGGGGAACAUCUUAUCCUGCUUCUCCUCCCUGAUUGGCAUUUUUGGAGAGAAGGUGUACGUGCAGGACUCCACCAUCUCGCAGCUCCUCCUGCACAUGUCUUUCGCCUUCGACAAUGAACACUUAUUUAACGUACUAGUUAGUAAGGAAAAUAUUUUUAGGCAAAAGGAUGUGUUUCACUGGGACGCGCUAAUCGAGUCAAUCUCCCAUGGGAAGCAUUCGCUUCGUCCUUACUACAAACCCUUAGUGUACGCCAGACUGAACAAGUUUUUCUUAGAAAGGCUGGAGCAGCUCCGGGACGGUGCGAAGGGGGGGAGAAGGACUCGCCACUUGGCCGGUGGGGCGAAGCCUGCCGUCCCCUUCAGAGGAUGA